AUGACUGCUUAUUCCAAGCGCGGAAGCAUCGAGCAAAAGCCUAAAGACAACUUUGUCGAAAUGUCUGUUGCUGAUGGAGCUGAGAAGCCUGGUGUCCUUGUUGACCCUGAGGCUGACUACUCUGGUGCUGUGAAGAAGACAGACCCAGCUGAGAUUCGUCUUGUUCGCAAGUUGGACUUUCGCAUCAUGCCUACUCUUUGGGCCAUGUACUUCCUCAACUACCUUGAUCGAAAUGCCAUUGCCCAGGCGCGACUGAACGGUCUUGAGGAUCAUCUUGGCCUCAAGGGAACACAGUACAACACGUGUAUCUCGAUCCUUUUCGUUGGGUAUGAUAUCCCAUCCAACAUGCUCAUCUCCUCGAAAAGCGUCCGACCCUCUCUGUACAUGUCCAUCUGCAUGAUGGGCUGGGCUAUCGUGUCUGCUUGCACCGCCCUCGUCAAAGACUACAAAGGUCUCGUCGUUGUUCGAUUCUUCCUCGGUGUCGCUGAAGCCCCCUUUUAUCCAGGCGCCCUUUACCUACUGGCGAUUUUCUAUACACGAAAGGAGAUUGCUAUGCGACUAUCGAUUUUAUACUCCGGAAACAUCUUUGCAACAUCCUUUUCCGGUUUGAUCGCUGCGGCGACAUUUGGCACGAUUGAUGGACACCACGGUCUCAAGGGUUGGCAGUGGCUUUUUAUCAUUGAAGGUGUCUUGACCUUUGCUGAAAGUAAGGGAGCUCGAGCUGGAUUUUUCCAAGCUAUUCGUGAUCCUCGCCUGUGGCUCUUCUGCUUUAUCCAGAACAUGCAUCUCUCUGCUUGUUCUUUCAACAACUUCUUCCCUACUGUUGUCGGUUCCCUCGGGUUCAACAGCACCAUCACUCUGGUCCUGACUUGCCCGCCCUACCUCGUCUCUGGUUUCUUUGGAUACCUUGCAGGAUGGUCUUCUGGUCGAUUCAAUGAGCGAACUUGGCACAUCACUGCCUGUAUGGGAAUGGCACUCGUCGGAUACAUCAUCUCCUGUGUUACGCUCAAUACGCCUGCCCGAUAUAUUGCCUGUUUCUUGUUCGCCAGUGGUGCAUAUGCAGUCAACUCGAUGAUCCUUGGCUGGGUUUCCGCAACGCUUGGCUCUACAGCUGAGAAGAAGUCGGUCAGCUUGUCAAUCGUCAACGUUAUCGCUAACGCCUCGUACAUCUACACUGCGUAUCUGUACCCAAAGUCAGACGGCCCACGAUAUCUCAUCGGAAUGGCAAGCAAUGCCGGAUUUGCGACUAUGUGUAUUGCGACCGUUUGGGCCAUGAAGAUCUGGCUUGUUAAGACCAACAAGAAGCUUGAUCGGGAAGGAAACACAUGCGCUACACGGUACGCUUACUAG